AGCUGUCGGCGCGCGCCCUCCACUCCAAUCCAAACGAGCUGACCACGCGCGCGCGAACGCGCACCAGACUCGGCAAGAGUUAGCAACCACGCGUCCUGACAACGGCAGGAGGAUAGGGGGAGAGUUUUCAUUUCUUUUUUCUUUUUUUGUAAACACUCCCUCCCGGCUUGUGACAGUUUUCAUUUCAGGAGCUGUUCAGAGUGGUCGACAAAUCUCCGCGGCGGUUUCCACGUCUCGUCAGUGAGAAAUGUAGCGGCGAGGACGAAGGAGGCGUUCCCGUUUAGACGUGAGCCCGGUCCGUGUGAGCUCUCGGGCCGUUUACCAUGGGAUUUCGGUGAAGUUGAACGAUUUAAUCCGCCUCAGGCGAGACACGAGUCACUGCCGCCGAGUUGUCAGUCAGUCAGUGAGCGGUCUGUGACCGAAGCGGUACUGUUGGCUCUCUCUCGUCGAUAUUUCUCAUUCACUCGUUUUGUUUACCUUUUGGUUCUCCACACAAACAGAAGCAAGUUGUCUCUUUACAGCAGCGCUUAAAUGUUGGUGUACCCACGCUGACUGAGAUGUCGAAGAGGAGGAGUAAAAAAGGUGAGCUCGACACCUUUUGACCUAAUAUUUAGUCGAGAUUUGACAGCUAGCAGCUUUCUCUGCGCUAACUAGCCUAACUGUUCCCGGAGGAGCUGGGAACCUGUAGGCUGGGCAGGUAAAAGCUGAAGGUGCUUAGCCUUUAGUGACAGACUCGAGUUCACAGCACAGCGCGGACAAGCCUGCUUUUAGCCUCGCCACAAUGAUGAGCAGUGGGCCAAACAUCGUGUACGAGUGGCUGAAAACGCUUCAGCUGUGUCAGUAUGUCGAGGCUUUCGUAGACAACGGCUACGACGACCUGGAGGUGUGUAAGCAGAUCGGAGAGCCGGACUUGGACGCUAUCGGCGUGUUCGCGCCGCACCACCGCAGGAGGAUCCAUGAGGCAGUGAGGCGUCUGAGGGAGGAGGAUAGAGAGACUGCCUCAGGACUCUACUUUACCUUGGAGCCCAUGCCCCCGGCCCCAGCCUUGGAGUCCAGACUGCGGGGCUCCAGGUCGUGGACGGAGGAAAGCAGCAGCAUCGCGGCCCGCGGGGGGGCGCCGAGGAACCGGACCCUGGGGCACCACCGCAAGGAGCUGGUGAUCUACCCCAAACUGAAGCUGAAGAUCAUGAUCAGGGACAAGCUGGUCAGAGAUGGGAUUAACCUCGCCAGACCUCCCUAUUCAAACAAGGAUGGCUCUCUGGGUAAUAUAGAUGAUCUGGCCCAAGAGUACUCGGAAUACUACAACACAUGCUUCAGUGACGUCAGCGAGCGUAUGGAGGAGCUACGCAAGCGCAGAGUUUCUCAGGAACUAGAGAUGGAGAAAGCAGACUCCAGCUCCACUUCUCUCCAGCUGCGCUCGGAGAUCCAGGAGUCUCUGGGCUUCAGCAGUGAGGUGUCCACACCAGAAACGGAGAGGAAGAUCCCUUUGCACAAGUCCAACUCUGAGGAUGGUUCAGGGAAGUGGGACAACAAGAAGAAAAACAAAUCCUUCUGGCAGAACUUUAGAAAAUCACCAAAAGGGGUCACACGGCAGACCUCCAAAGGAGAGGACAUCGGCUACGUGGCCAGUGAGAUAACGAUGAGUGAUGAAGAGCGAAUCCAACUAAUGAUGAUGGUUAAAGAGAAGAUGAUCACUGUGGAGGAGGCGUUGGCUCGGCUUAAGGAGUAUGAGAGGAGCAGGCAGUUGAGCACCUGUUCAGACACUGCAGAGUGGACUGAUGGAUCCAGUCCCACAGUUAACCUGUCCUCCACCUGCAACUCUCGUGAACAGUCCGAUGAUGAGCAGGAAGACUCUGUGAAGUUUAAAAGGCUUCACAAACUGGUCAACUCCACUCGGCGCGUCCGCAAGAAACUUAUCAAAGUAGACGAUGGCAAAAGACACGGUUCAGAAGACUCUCUGAGCCUUGAAGCCUCCUCUUCAUGUGAGGAUGCUAGUGCACUUUAUGCUGGAGUCCAUAAGAAGCCCACCCGUUGCACGGACUCUUCACUGUCCUCUCUGGCCCAUGAGCAGCUGUCUCUGGAUGGCGACACGGACAGUCUGACCACCUCACCCUCCUCCAGCAGUUUGGAAGCCUGGAGCUCAGCACACAAGCUGGUGAAGACAUCCAGCAGUGGCAGCGGCCACCCACACGGCUUGAUCCGACCUUCUCCUCGCAAGAGUAGUGCUGGCUCCUCCUUCUCUGAGCUGGAGGGCCUGGGGGACGACGAGGCCAAGGUAUCACGCUCGGCCACAGAUGGAGAAAUGCGGAAGGCGCUCUCUUCUUUGUCCCACGGGAGGACGUGUAGUUUUGGGGGUUUUGAUCUGUCCAACAGAUCACUCCAUGUGGUCAACACAACCUCUGAACCCAAUAAUAAGGAGCAAGAGGCUUUAUACAGAGAUGGGGUGAAGUCUCCUACCACCUCUCGCAUCUCUCUGGGAAAGAAAGUCAAGUCUGUCAAAGAGACGAUGAGAAAACGCAUAUCCAAGAAAUACAGUGGAUCCCUCUCUGAACAGUCCAGUCCAGACGGAACUCCUAGCUCCCCUCAGUCUCCUCAGCCAGACACAGACUCUCUGGAGAAGCCCAAACUGAAGGCAGGAGGCUCAGUUGAAAGCCUGCGCAGCUCCCUCAGUGGACAGAGCUCCAUGAGUGGUCAGACGGUGAGCACGACGGACUCGUCUGCCAGUAACCGAGAGAGUGUGAAAUCGGAGGAUGGUGAUGAUGAAGAGCCGCCGUACAGAGGCCCUUUCUGCGGCAGAGCCAGAGUACACACUGACUUCACUCCCAGCCCUUAUGAUACAGACUCGCUAAAACUGAAGAGAGGAGAUGUGAUAGACAUCAUCAGUAAGCCCCCCAUGGGCACGUGGAUGGGGCUGCUGAACAACAAGGUGGGAACGUUCAAGUUCAUCUAUGUGGAUGUACUGGCAGAAGAAGAGGAGAAGCCCAAACGCACAGUGAGGCGGAGAAGGAAGGGAAGACCCCCCAAACCCAGCUCUGUAGAAGAACUGCUGGAAAGAAUCAACUUGAAGGAGCACAUGCCUACAUUUUUGUUUAAUGGCUAUGAGGACUUAGACACCUUUAAGCUACUUGAAGAGGAGGAUCUGGAUGAGCUCAACAUCCGUGACCCUCAACACAGAGCUGUCCUGCUCACUGCUGUAGAGCUACUGCAGGAGUACGACAGCAGCAGUGAUCCGGAGCGCAGCGCCCUCUCUGGCUCUCAAGAGAAGCUCCUCUGUGAAGGACGGGGCUUAGUGGGUGACUCACCACGGGACUCUGGUUGCUACGAAAGCAAUGAAAAUCUGGAGAACGGUAAGAAUCGGAAAACCUCUCGCUCCAGUCGUGGCUUUGAGUCUGGCCGGAUCCAGUCUCCAGACUACCCCACCCUCCCCAUGACCUGCUCCACCGAGGCACUGCAGCACCAGACCAAGAAGGAACGCAAAUUCCCCAAGCAUUUUCUCCCCCGGCCCAUCAAGGGCUUCAGCCUGCGGGCUUUGGGUCUGAGGAAGAGGUCCCGCAUGCCGGCAAGUCGCAGCUGUGAGGAGCUAGACGGGCCACAGGAGACCCCUGAGCAGUGGAAGCGCUCACGGUCUCUGGGGGACCUGCAGUGGGAGCAAGGCUUUGAGCAGAAGAAGGAGCAGCAAGGCAAAGUUCGGCAUGGCAGCGUGGAGUUCAACCAGGGGAAAGAGGCAGCAAAGUCUGUGAAAAACCCUCAGGAGGCGAAGGCAGGCGGGAUAGAGUUGAAGCCAGAAGCUGAAUUUGGGUCUGGCCUGGUGGAAAGGCCUCCUGUGCCCACUCAGCUGCCUCUGAAGCCUACCUGCCCUGUCCAAGGUUCUGAACUCCCAGAUGCCCAGUCCAUCUCAGCGCCCUACAAGCCCAGCUCCACGACUCAUCCCAAAAAGCCCCCAGUGCCCCCUCCUGUCCCUGCCAAAAAGUCAAAAGAGCGGCUGGUGAAUGGCUUACGUCACCCACCUUUGGUCCCGUCAGGCUCCACCCCAAGUACGCCAACUCUGCCUCCUAAACCCGUAAGCUGCCCUACAAGCCCCUCUGAAGGCAUCCUGUCCACCCCCGUGUCCCCAGAUGAUACAGAUAGUGCACCAGUCGUGCCUCCACCCUGGCUGUCUGACCUGCCAGAGACUGCCUGCCCACAGAUUCAUGGGGUCAAGGUGACCCUCGGCAGGAAGAUCUCUCACGCCAAAAUGGCUGAUUUAGAGACACAACUGGAUGGCAGGCUAGCGUCAGAAGGCAUUGAUCUCACAGCAGAGCCCUACUCAGAUAAGCAUGGCCGCUGUGGUAUUCCUCAGGCUUUGGUGCAGAGGUACUCGGAGGACUUCCAGCAGCCAGUGAAGGACGUGGCGUCUAUGCUGGACCAGAUCAGAGUUAAACAUCUCCGCAAGGAGCAUCGCAUGGCUAUUCCCUCAGGAGGUUUGACCGACAUGUGUCGGAAACCUAUGUCUCCAGUUCAUUUGAGCACCGUUUCAGAUUGGCUGGUGUCCAUUGGAAUGCCCAUGUAUUCUCACCUCCUUUUGGCUGCAGGCUACGACACUCUGAGCCAACUGUCCACUCUAACAGAAGCAGGAGUGCGGGAGGCGGGGCUACAGGAGGAGAGACACAUACGCCGGCUGCUCAGUGAGGCCAGACUAGUGACAGCCUACAGUGCAAUGCAGUCUUAACAUGAGUGCUGUUAUGAUCCUCAUAUGAGAUGUAUUAAGUGAUUCAUAAACAGCCACAGCUGCAGAACUUAAUGACGGAGUUCCAGUGGAAAGCUAAGUGCUUGAGGACAAGGAACGAAACUGUGCUAUCUGCAGCGUUCUAAGAAAAAAAAAAAAAUCGCCUUCAUCUUUCAAGCUUUUAUCUCUUGUUUUAUUGCCCUCCUUUGCUGUGAUUUACAGAAAAGACUUGUGGCUUCCAUGAACAGGUAUCCAUCACCUUUCCAUUGAGGUCUUCAUUACAGCGUCCAGGAAAAGGUCACAGCCUAGAAAGAUUGCCUUUAAAGCGAUAUAACAACUUUUUCAGACAUUUUGAAAUUUUGUAAGGACUGUUGAAUUUCCCCCUCUUUUUUCUUUGUUUGAUAAGCACUUGUUUGUAAGAAAAAAUCUUUUGUGCUCCCUUUAGCACAGCAUGGUAAUGCAGCCUGGCCAAAGUAAUUUCACUUCCUACAAGUUCAAAUGUUCAUAUUUCCCUUUUUCAGCUCAAAGAUAUCAAUGCUUUGGUCAAAGGGCACGUCUUCGGUCAGUUGAAUCAUUGAAUGCUCAAGCGCAAUGGUGACAUAUUGCGAUAUCUAUUCCAAGUACAUAACUCAGAAUUAUACUUUAUUUCCAGGACAGUAGAGAGAGUAUAUUUGUAUAGUCAAUAACAAAGCCAUUUGAUGAAAUUUCUCGCUCAACUUCGGCGCCAAGAGGUUAAGAUGUAAAGCAUCUUUUGUAUUUUCAGUUAGUUUAAGAAAAUAAUAUUGUAUAUUCAGAGUGCAUUUAAUCUUCCAGUACACAAUAUCUAACACACAUUAUUCAGCAUCUAUCCUGGGAAAUCAGCGUUUAUUACUAAAUCGAUUACAUAUUCCUUAGUUAAUUUGAUGUUGCCUUACCACCAUUUAUGACGCAACUAUUCAUGCACAUGCUUACAACUAUUCUACUCACUUUCUGCAAUGUAAUUAACUUAGGUGAUGCAUCAAACAGUGAUAAUAUGCUUAUAUUUGAUGUAUAUUUUUGAAGUCUUAAGUGCUUUGACUGAGAACUCCCCAGCACUGUGGCAUAGUUUAAAUAUUGACGAUUUAAACUCUCUAGCCUUGAGCAAUGCAAAGCACACAGUCAAAAAUGUUCCAAGCAAAUCAUAAGCUCCCCAGACACAAAACUCACAUCCAUCAUUUCUUCUCUAGUACUUGUUUAAGCAUCCCAAUGUCUUAAUGACAGCGAGAAACCUGUCAUGUAAGGAGUUUCUGUUCAUUUUAGCCCACUCUUCUACUAACUGUGUGCGUCAUGUCCAAGCUGAACACAACACUGACAUUCCCACAUUCCAGGAUAAAGACUACACUGUGUCUGUAUGUGAACGCUUCAACAAACAUAGUGGAACGCUGAACAGCAAAGUCACCAGACCUCAAUCCCAAUUCUCAAUUUGGUGACGUGCUGAAAUGGGCACAAACCCUAAAAUGUGCACCCAGUUAGAACUCAAGACUUGUGUAACCCUUACCUGACAGGAUUGGUGCUGUUAAUGAGGCUAGGGGAUUUGUAACCAACCAUCUGUAAAGAAAUGAUGCAUCCAACUAUGUUUUUGUCUGGUGAGUCUAAUUAAAAAGGAAUAGAGAAAUAACUGACUCACAUACAGUAGUAUAAUAAAGUGAUUCAGGCUACUCCACACUCUGUGAGUAAAGGUUCAAGUAUUUGAUGGAAGCUUAGGGAAAUGUUUUUGGGGAUGGUAACAUACUUCUUUAAAUAAUCAAGCACAGUUGAGCAGUUCUGGUGUGUUUAGGGGGUGUAUGUGUGUGUGUGUGUCUGUCUGUCAGUCUGUCAGCCUGACUGGUUUCUACAUUGGGGCUCAUGUUAGCUGUUAGUUUCACUCAAUAGAGCUCAAGAACAGAUGUCAGUCUCUGUGGAGUCAUACAGUAUUUCUUGCUAUGAACACACUCUACGUGUGUGUAUGUAUGAAUGAUCUUUGACUAAUUCAGUGUCAAAGUGAAAUGUAUGUUUGGUGGCUGUUGUGCUGUGAGAGAGAGAGCAGGAGCAUUUGCGCAAACACACAGCAAAGAAGCACAACUAUUAUUCUGAGACACACAUCUGGCCUUGGGGAUGCCCCUCAAAGGAGGAGGGUUUUUUUUCCUUCUUAAAGACUCAGUGAUAUCAGAUGGCUGGGAAACUGAAUGUGAAAUGUUUAACAUCAGCCCACUUUUUCUAUGACACCACUUAUACGUUUGACAUUUUCAAUGUUCUUACAUCAUACAAAAGGAGCUGCUGCAUUCCUUUGGCAUUCCACUGAUCAGUUAAGGAGAAAUUGCACUAAAAAAUGCAUAAUUCAAUUGUUGAGAUGUAAACAAAGUCAUUGAUUCAGAGUGGUUUGAUGUGAAGUGGUGCACUGUAGAGAAAGUACUGACUCAAAUUUCUUUACAGUGGUGAUAAUAUGAACCAAGGGUUGUAAUCUACAAAGCACAUAUAGCCAUUUUACUUACUAUCCAAAAGAACCAGCAAACUUGUAUGUGAAUUUUUAUAUGUAAUGUUAAUGGUUUUUACUUGGGGACCAUUUUUGCAUGUACCUGUACUCCAUGAAUGCAUUUUUAAAAAUAGGUUUUAGGCCAGAGUCUUCUCUCAGAACUAUUAUACAACAAUGUCUGACCUCAAGCAGCGUAUUCACAAUGACUACAUGUAACAACUUCCCGUGAGGGAGAAUUUAGAGGUAUUAAACACUUCGGACGUCUGGUUCCUAUCACCACCACUGUGAACAAUUUUGGCUGUUCCUCUAACACAGUGCGUUUUAAGUCAAACUACUCUGAAUGACUGUUUACAUCUUGACAAUCUGAUCAUGCAAAAUUUUAGAAAAAUCUGUGGAACUCCAACAUCUCCUUGGUUUAAACAGGGGAGAGUGUUAUUUGGAGUAAAGCCACAAGUGCACCAGUGUUACUAGGUGCAUAUGGAUGUUUUAUUACACUCACUUUGCUGGCCACUACAUAAGCAGACAGGAAUCAUCCACAAAGCCAAGUUUAUUGCAGGACUGAAGGGAUAUGUAGAUAUCGGUCAUGAAACUGAGUCUGCAAAGCUUCUCUCUCACACACACACGCACACAGUAGCACCUUUUAUGGGUAAAUGGUUUGGCUCAAUGCAAGGUUUUGUAUCUAUGGCAGCACAAUAUACAUUAGGCUCACAAUGGCACUCUAAUGAAAUGUCUUAAACAGCGGCAGAAAAUCAGGAGAUUUCUCCUCAAAGUGGAUGCCUUUUAAGAAAAAAACUCAAUCAGAAGGGGGGCGCUCUGGGAUUUUGUGGAAUUUAAAAAAAAAUGUAUAUACAUUUCAUGUUACUGUAAAAAAUGCACUUUAUAGAGAAAUACACAAAUUAAGGACUUUCCUUUUGGAGAAUAAAUUAAACAAAGUGGCAAAUGUCUAAAUUCCAUAAACGGGCAGUUAUACAUGUUCUGUGUGAAGGGGUCAAGAGGUUUAUGCUGCUCUCUGACCAGAGUGGUUCUUCUCUGCCAAUUCUCAGUUGUAUGUCACUGCUCAUUAAUUAAAGAAUUAACCUUUCCAAGCUAAUUACUUCAAUUAAGUCAUUUUUGAAAUUUGAAUUUCCUAAAAAUGAAUUCUAAUUACAUAUAUGAAAUGAUAGACAGGUGUUGCACAUUCUGUAUAUGUAAUUGAUAUUUAAAUAACUUAUUUUUUGCUUUUCGUAUCAAACUGUAAUUAUUAGCUGUACUAUAUAAAAGAAAUAGCAAUACUCUUUUACAUAUUGCUUUAGCCGGUGUCCUGCUACAGUAUCUAUUGUAAAAUAUUAUGUGUACAAAUGAUUUUAUCUGGUUUCAACUAGCUAAUGAUUGUCUAUAAAGAUUUUGCUUGUGUAUUGGGGAAAAAAAUGUUUAAAACUAUUUGUCAUUCUGAAGUGUAAUAAACAAAAUCCUUUGCCUUGGA